UCGCACCUCAUAGCUACACCAAAAACCUUCAACUUCUAAGCAAAAAGGUUACACACACACUCUUUCUCUUUCUCUAUCUAAUCAUCACUCGCGCACUGUGGUUUUUGUUUGUUUCUCGCAUUACAAUAAAUUGUUUAAUCAAUUGCUGAUUAUCUGCUUGUUAAAUUCGAGGAAUAUAGCAGCAUGAACAAUGAAUUAUGUCAAAAACAGUUGAUUAAUGCUUUUGACUUGAUCGAUUCUAGUGAAUUUUUUGUUAUGUGUAUUGAGUGGUAACGAAAAUUGGUUGAUUGCUUGUUUUGCUGGGCUAAAAACGAUUUGAAGAAUUCCGCGUUAGGUUUUCAUCAUACAUUCAUACCAAGUGGUCAAGUCGCUUAAUGUAUUAGUUCGGGACACUUCCGUUCUCUCGUUUUUCUUCAAAGAGGAUUUUGAGUCUCGCUUAUUUAACUGGAUAAUUAUCCCGAGUAAAAUUAUCCAUCAGCAUGUUUUGGAAACGACUGUGUUAGUUUAAAUUAAUGAAAUGUUCAUCAGCUUCAGAACAAUUAAAAUUAACAGAUUGAUUUAGCCAUUUAGGAUACUAAAAUCUCAGCUAUUGAAUUAAAAUUGUGGAACACCCCAUUUGUCACUGAUAUUGGAUCCAUUGAUCUUUCAAAGUUACCAUUGUUUCAAAAUAAAACAAGUUAAACAUUUUUCUGCAGGUGAAUCACAACAUAUAUAGAUGUCAAGGAAGCCAGCUAGUUUAUCAAGGCGUUUGGGUGAUGGAAAUGGCAUUCCCUUUAUGGGAUCCUUGAAUCCAAAAUUACGCCCUUCCCCUUUCUUAUCCAUUGCCCUUGUUCUUGUGGGAGCUUUUCUCAUAAUUGGCUAUGUUUAUAGUGGUUCAGGUGGAAGCAAUAUUGAUAAAGUGGCUCUAAGUAGGCUUGAAGGUGGUGUUUCAUGUUCAGCAGAGAUUAAUCAAGCAUUACUAUUUCUAAAAAAAAAGCAUAUGGUGACACUUGACAGCAUGCAUAAAGUUCUACACGUGGGUCCCAGUUCAUAUGAAAGUGAUGCAAACUGCAAAAGCCUUAUAAGAAAAGGGAUUGUUCAUGUUGCUGAUAUUAAGAAAAGGGAUUGUUCAGAUGGAUUUGUUAUUCUCUCUGGCUAUCCUGGUCAACGUAAAGUCAAAGUAGCUGAAAUGUCCAAAUUUGGUCGCCCUGUGAAAUUACGAAGCUCUUUGUGGUGGAUUCGGGAAUUAGCUGCUAGUCGCCCUUUACGGGCUUUAUCAGAACUGAGAACAGCUGAAGAACUUGAAGCUGCAGCAAGGGCAAAAGGGGAAUUCAAGAAUCAAGAAAGUGAGGGUGAGAUCCAUCCGAAUGAUGGAUUAACAGAAGCUAAAGAGUUGGAGACCUAUAUUUCCCUUAGAGAAGAACUUUAUAAAAAAACUAAGGAUUUCGAUUCUAAAAUCAUAGAUUUUGAAACAGCCAUCAGGAGACCUUAUUAUAAUUUUAGGCCACUUGAUGUUACAGAGCUUGAAAACUAUCAUAACUACCUUGAUUUCAUUGAAGGAUGUGAUGACUUGAAUAAAAUACGUUAUGUUUUGUGCAUGGAAGCUAGAAAAAAUACGGAUGUUGCCGAAAAUGCCCUUGCUCGUGCUACCCAUGUUUUUGUUAAACAACCAGAGAUUCAUCUUUUUGCUGCUAGAUUUAGAGAACACAAUGGAAACAUUGAAGGAGCAAUUAUCGCCUGCUCCUUUUCUUCAGUUUGCUUCUUGCUUCCAAUGCUAUGCCAGAUAACAAUGGAGAUUGAUGGAUGUCGGUUAAUAGUCUCUUCUAGAGCAUAUAAAGUAGUGGUGGAGUGUCUAAUUAGGGUGGUUGAAACCUGAUGACGUUCCCAUGGUAAGUGUAAUUUGGUGUUUUGCAAGUUUGUGUCACCACAACAACUGAUUUUGUAUAUUACUGCAAAGUUGUCUUACAAUCAAUCAUACUUGCUUGACAUUUUGUAUAUUCUAGAUCAUUCUGAUUCCACUCUCAUACAUACGAUGUGUAUUAUUAAUUAGUUAUAUUGAUAUUGUACAACUGACAUGAUUAUUGUGUAGAAUUUAUGUGUUGUUUUUUAUCUAGAGUUGGGAUUGAUAUUGAAGUUAAGAGACAUGAUGAUUGGUUGGAUACAUGAAGGGUUUCAGAGCUUCUUUAAACAGCUU